UGUGUGAUGGGGAUCUAGUUUGUUUUUUUCCAGGUGGAUGAUCAAUUAUGUCAGUGCCACUGAAUAAAUGUCCUGUGUACACUCAGUUGAAUACCAUUUUUGUUAUAUAAGUCAAUAUAUAUGUUUUGUUUUGUCUUUUUUUAUUACAUUGGUUUUUAUUAAGUUUUAAUAUCUAAUAGAGAAUGUAAUGGCUGAUAUUUAUUAUAUGCUUCUUGUGCGCCAGGGAGAUGUUGAAUACUUUAUGAGCAUCACCUCAUUUUAAUUUGUGUAACUAAGAAAUAAGUACUUUCAUCCUCAUUUUUGAAACUAAAACAGAAGGCACUUCUUCCUAUUUUCAUAACUGAAAGAUAGCAGAGCUACAGUUCAAAUCUUAAGUAAUAUUACUCCAUAUCUCAUGGCCAAUACCCAUCAUAGGUUCCAUUAAGCUUUAUAUUUUCCACAGCACUGGUUCUCAAAGUGUCCUCAGACCCUCAGCAUCGACAUGACCUGGACACUGUUUAGAAAUGUAAAUUCUUAAAAAAAAAAAAAAAAAAAGUAAAUUCUUGGGCUGAGUGUUUGUACCCCCCAAAAGCUUUAUGUUGAAAUCCUGAUCUCCAGAAAUAAUCGUGUUAGUUGGUGAGGCCUUUGGGAACCGAUUAGGUCAUGGAGGUGGGGCACUCAUAAACGAAUAGUGCUGUUACAAAACAUCCCACAUAGCUCCUGAGCCCCUUCUACCAAGUGAAGACACAAUGAGAAGGUGCUGGCUAUGAACCAGCAAGAGUCCCCUGACUAAAAUGUGACCACACUGUCUCCUUGAUUUUGGACUUUACAGCCUCCAAAACUGUGAGCAAUAAAUUUUCGUUGUUUAUAAGCUACCCAGUCUGUUGUAUUUUAUUAUAGCAGCCUGACUGAACUAAGACAACUGCUACCCUGGGCCUAUUAAAUCAGAACCUGGGAGUGAAGUUAAGGAUUUUUAACUGUAUUCUAAGAGGCCCUCCAAGUGUUUUGAAUCCACACUCAAGUUUGAGAGCCUCUGUUGUUUCUAGCUCUGGGAACUUCACCUUGGUGUUCACAGGAAAUGUUUGUGUGAUAAAUAUCGAGUAUCUGACCAUGUGGACAUUGUCGUUCUAGGUUUUUUGGUGUCUCUGGGGAGCCCCUGGGUUAGAUCAUUAUCCAGACUCCAGCCUGCCUCUCUCCAGCAGCUCUGCUUGAGUUUACAGAUGUCUACAAAGCUUUAGGCUCCUGAGAGAUUAAAGUUUGAGACCUACCAUGACUAUGUCAGCUAAUCGGACCUCUCCCCAGAAAUCCCUGAUCCUGGUUCCAGAGGAACAUGACGAUUCAUUUGAGGGAUCGGUGUCCUUCAGGGAUGUCGCUGUAGAUUUCAGCAGAGAGGAGUGGCAGCAUCUAGACCUUGCUCAGAGAAACCUGUACCGGGAUGUGAUGCUGGAGACCUAUAGUCACCUGCUCUCUGUAGGGUAUGAAGUUCCCCAACCAGAAGUUUUCAUGUUGGAGCAAGGAAAGGAGCCAUGGGCAUUGCAGGGUGAGAGCCCACAUCAGAACUGUCCAGAAGAUUUGUGGCAGAUUGGUGACCAGAUAGAGAGCUAUCAGCAAAAAGAAAACAAAUCUUUAAGAGAUGUUGCCAACAAGAAAAUUUUGACAACAAAGAAGGAUUAUGAAUAUAAGGACAUUAGAAAAAUAAUUUAUGUGAGCCAAAACAUUCUUUCUCCAAAAAGAUCCCAUCAGUGUGACUCAUUUGGAAUUGCUUUCAAGCAUGCUUUAGAUUUACACAGUCAUUAUAGAAACAGUACCUCAAAGAACAUUAAUAAGAUUACUGAAUAUAGUAAAAUUUCUUACUAUACUGACCCUGAGUGUUCUCCAACAGGAGAGAAGUUAUGGGACCAUAAUCAAUGUGGAAAAAUUCUCAGCUAUAAACAAGCACCCUCUCAACAUCAGAAAAUUCAUACUGGGGAAAAAUCUUAUGAAUGUGCUGAAUUUGGAAAGAUCUUCACCCAGAAGUCACAGCUCAGGGUACAUCUGAAAGUUCAUACAGGAGAAAAACUCUAUGUGUGCAUUGACUGUGGGAAAGCUUUUGUAAAGAAGCCAGAAUUCAUUACACAUCAGAGAGCCCAUACUAGAGAGAAGCCCUAUAAGUGCAGUGAAUGUGGAAAAGCUUUUUUCCAAGUGUCUUCUCUCUUAAGGCACCAGAGAAUUCAUACUGGAGAAAAACUUUAUGAAUGCAGUGAAUGUGGAAAAGGCUUCUCUUAUAACUCUGAUCUCAGUAUACAUCAAAAAAUUCAUACUGGAGAGAGACACCAUGAAUGUAAUGAUUGCGGCAAAGCAUUUACGCAAAAGUCUACACUCAAGAUGCAUCAAAAGAUUCAUACAGGUGAGCGAUCCUAUAUAUGUAUUGAAUGUGGACAGGCCUUCAUCCAGAAGACACACUUGAUUGCACACCGAAGGAUUCAUACUGGAGAAAAACCAUAUGAAUGCGAUAACUGUGGGAAGUCCUUCAUUUCUAAAUCACAGCUCCAGGUACAUCAACGAAUUCACACAAGAAUGAAACCCUUUAUAUAUACUGAAUAUGGGAAGAUCUUCAACAAUAGUUCCAACCUCAUUACACAUAAGAAAGUUCAAAUUAGAGAGAAAUCUUCCAUAUGCACUGAAUGUGGUAAGGCCUUUACUUACAGAUCAGAACUGAUUAUACAUCAGAGAAUUCACACUGGGGAAAAACCUUAUGAAUGUGGUGACUGUGGAAAAGCUUUUACUCAAAAGUCAGCACUCACAGUGCAUCAGAGAAUUCAUACAGGAGAAAAAUCAUAUGUAUGCAUGAAAUGUGGACUAGCCUUCAUCCAGAAGGCUCACUUGAUUGCACAUCAAAUAAUUCAUACAGGAGAGAAACCUUAUAAGUGUGGCCACUGUGGGAAAUCUUUUACUUCCAAGUCACAACUCCAUGUACAUAAACGAAUUCACACAGGAGAGAAACCUUAUAUGUGCACUAAAUGUGGGAAGGCAUUCACUAACAGGUCAAAUCUCAUUACACAUCAGAAAACUCAUACUGGAGAGAAGUCUUACAUAUGUCCUAAAUGUGGAAAAGCCUUCACACAAAGGUCAGACUUGAUUACACAUCAGAGAAUUCAUACUGGAGAGAAACCUUAUGAAUGUGGUACCUGUGGGAAAGCCUUUACCCAAAAAUCACACCUCAAUAUACAUCAGAAAAUUCAUACUGGAGAAAGGCAGUAUGAAUGCCAUGAAUGUGGGAAAGCCUUUAACCAGAAAUCAAUACUCAUUGUGCAUCAGAAAAUUCAUACAGGAGAGAAACCUUAUGUUUGCAGUGAGUGUGGAAGAGCUUUCAUCCGGAAAUCAAACUUCAUUACUCAUCAGAGAAUUCAUACUGGAGAGAAACCUUAUGAAUGCAAUGAUUGUGGGAAAUCCUUUACCUCAAAAUCUCAGCUCCUGGUACAUCAACCAAUUCAUACAGGAGAAAAACCAUAUGUGUGUGCUGUUUGUGGGAAAGCCUUUAGUGGCAGGUCAAAUCUCAGUAAACACCAGAAAACUCAUACUGGAGAAAAGCCCUACAUCUGUUCUGAAUGUGGGAAGACCUUCAGACAGAAGUCAGAGUUGAUUAUACAUCAUAGAAUUCACACUGGAGAGAAACCAUAUGAAUGCAGUGACUGUGGCAAAUCUUUCACUAAGAAAUCACAACUUCAAGUGCAUCAGCGAAUUCACACAGGAGAAAAGCCUUAUAUAUGUGCUGAAUGUGGGAAGGCUUUCACAGAUAGGUCGAAUUUGAAUAAACACCAGACAACACACACUGGAGACAAACCCUAUAAGUGUGUAGUCUGUGGGAAAGGCUUUGUCCAGAAAUCUGUGCUCAAUGUCCAUCAGAGUAUUCACACUUGAGAGGAACAGUAUAAGAAAAGAUCAGUUCUGAUUGUACAUCAUUGAAUUUUUCCAGGAGGAAAAUAUGCUUAUUAUCAUAAGUAGAAAUACCCUAUCAAAAUGUUUCACAUUACUGAACAGAAGAGGGCCCAGAAUGAAGGGGACCCUUCCUACAUUGUCACCACCUUCAUUAAACCAUGAGGCAUUCAUCCUGGAAAAAAAGGGAUUUUGUCCAUUUGACAGAUUAAAGAAGGCUUCUCAUGAAAAAUAUGAUGGAACUGAGGCACCUAGGUGGUUUUUCUGGUUGAGCAUCAAAAUACUUGAUCUUGGCUCAGGUCUUGAUCUCAUGGUUGUGAGUUCGAGCCCUGUGUUGGGCUCUGCACUGGGCAUGGACCCUACUUAAAAAAAUAUGUGUGAAGCAACAUUGUUACCAAAUUCUGCAUAGGGAGGUUUGUUAUGUUAAUGAUAAUCCUGUUUACUAUGGAAUAGGUAAAGUGCUAACAAGCUAAAUGGUGGAACAAUGUAUAAUACUGACAAACCCUAAGUUCUGUGAGAUGUUUGCUGCAGAACACAUCGUCUUAACAGUUUCAGGUGUUUUUUCAUCCUUCUGUUGAAUCUAACAUGGUUGUGUAUAUCCAGCCCCCAUUGAGUAUUUCCAUCAAGGAAGAGAUAACUCAGCAAAAAAGCUUAUGUGUAUGGACACAAACCUCAGAGUGUAUGUUGACCCAUUAUCCUUUAGCAUCAUGACUUCUAACCCUCCUUUAUCACCUAUCAGUAAGGUGUCUUUGACUCUCCUCAGUCCCUACCACAAUGUCUUCUGAGCCCCAUAAGUGCAUUAGUGCUAAACACUCUGCUAACUGCCAUUAUCUCAUUUAGCUCCUGGCAUAGUGUUUUGUGAACCUCUACUAACCUCAAGAAAGCUGACCCUCAUUUAUCCUCCAACAUAGUGUUUUGUGAACCACCACUA